AUGAAAAAUGGUUGAAGCCCUAGCCGUAGUGGUUCAUGGUGGGAGUGCUACGGCGCUCGUGUCUGGUAUUUGACAUCCACCUCGUGUUUGAAUGAAGAAAGGGAGGGAAUUAUUGGUUGGCAGUUACAGAAGGCUUCACCAAAACACCAUUCACUCUUCCCCAACACACUUUCACCAAACCAUGUCGCAUUCCGAUCCUCCAAACCGAUACUCCUACUCCCCCUCUCUGCAUUGGAACCCUCAGCUUCACCAAUACUUCCUCAACGCCUACGGCGCCGACCACUUCUCUCGCAUCUCCGCCGCGCUAACCCGACCUUCUCGCUACUCGUGCAUUCGAGUGAACACGCUCAGGUCCGGCGCUGACGCCGUCAUUGAGAAGCUGCGUCCGCUCGUCUCGAACGUGUCGGUGGCGGUGCAAUCCGAAUUUGAAGAUGGCGAGUCAAAUCCCUUGAAGGAGUGUUUGGAAGAUGCAUCUGCUCCUUUUUCCAAAUGCAAGAUUCCCGGCCUUGAUUAUGUGGUGUUUGUUUGGGGUUCGGGACCGCACCGUAUCGGUUAUGGUGAGGCGCCUCCCAAGGAGGUCAUUGUUAGUAGGAAGUGUGCUGAGGCAGUUCUUCGAGGUGCUCAGGUAUACGUUCCGGGUGUGAUGGCUUGCAGUGCUCAUGUUGAGAAAGGAGAUACAGUUGCGGUUUCGGUUGCUGUGGAGCAGCAGGGUGCUGAUGGGGGUUGGGGAAUUCCCAUGACACGUGGCACUGUUCUCCAAGGAUCCGAGACAGAUGCUUAUUAUUUUGAACGGAAUGGGCUUUAUAUUGGGCAAGGAACAGCUAUGUUGUCAAGGGCUGGGAUGUUCCGCGUUUCUGAAGGGGUUGGUGUGGAUAUGAAGGAUAGAGUAUACGAUCUUCAUUCUUUUCAUAAUUUGCUCGAGGGAGAAAUAUUUCUCCAAAAUCUGCCUAGCAUUAUUGCUGCUCAUGCUUUAGAUCCACAAAGGGGUGAACGGAUACUAGAUAUGUGUGCUGCACCUGGAGGGAAAACAACCGCAAUUGCAAUACUUAUGAAGGAUGAAGGAGAGAUUGUUGCAACCGAUAGAUCUCAUAAUAAGGUGCUGGAUAUUCAGAAAUUGGCUGCUGAAAUGGGCUUGAGUUGUAUAAAGACAUUUAAAUUAGAUGCUCUUAAAUCUGUUUGUCGAAGAGAUGAUAUUGAUACUUUCACUGAUCCAUGCUGUAAUAAUGCCAAAAAUGAUGUGACAAAUCAAGUGUUUGAUUCCCCAAAUUUGGAAGUUGAAAUAGUGUCACCCAUUGUUACAGAAGGUAAAGAUGAAAAGACAAAUGGAAGAGUUUAUGUUAGCAAAGCUGAUGCCCGGAAGAACAUGAGAAGAGCACGAAAUGGCCCUGGAAGAAAUCAGUCUGUUGGUGGUAGGGUUGAUCGAUCAAAAGGUUUUCCUCCAGACAGUUUUGAUAGAGUUCUUCUUGAUGCUCCCUGUUCAGCCCUUGGUUUAAGGCCUCGAUUAUUUGCUGGAGAGGACACAAUUGAAUCUUUAAGAAACCAUGCAAAGUACCAGAGAAGGAUGUUUGACCAAGCUGUUCAAUUAGUUCGACCAGGAGGAGUGAUUGUCUACUCCACUUGUACGAUUAAUCCCGGUGAGAAUGAAGCAUUAGUUCGAUAUGCUUUGGAUAAAUACAAAUAUCUGUCAUUGGCACCGCAGCAUCCAAGAAUUGGGGGACCGGGUCUAGUUGGUAGCUGUGAAUUUGCGGAUGGAUAUGUUGAGGAGUGGUUACGACCUGGGGAGGAAGAGCUUGUUCAGAGGUUUGAUCCAUCAUCUCCCCUUGAUACAAUUGGAUUUUUCAUUUCCAAGUUUCUCGUCGGAUCUAAAGAUACAUGACAGCUGUUCAUGAAAUGUUGGAGUGGAUCUAUGUUUACUUUAUAAUUGCCACUGAAGGAAGCCAUCAGAUUUUUUACGACUGGCCUCUGACAACCGUUUGGGAGCUUCACAGAUGUCCAUUUGAAAAAUGAAGUAAGAAAGAAUGAGCAUUACUGCUUUGUCUCAAUGUUACAUUCGUGAUGAAAGGCAAAUUUUGUUUAAUUUACAGUUUACUUGUAACUUCGCCGUUUAACUUAUGAAAGGGAAGUUGUUCAAAGAUCCUUCGGGUUAGCAGUGAGUCUGUUUCCGAAGUAUUGGUUCUGUUGAUGUUAAUUAUUGUAGCUCCUUUUCUGCAUCUAUAUUCUGUACGCUUGUAUUGUCAGCUUGUUGUAGCUCCUAUUUGAAGCUCUUUGAAGGUAACUUCUUGCUGUUUAA